CCUCCUCCGGCCCCGCCGCUUCCCCCGCAGCUCCGGGCCCGGCUCUGGCUCCGCCAUGGGCUCCGCUCGCUGUUCGGGGCUGCUGCCGCCGCUGCUGCUGCUGCUGCUGGCGGUGUGGGGGCUGCGUGUGGCGGGCGGGCUCCGCUGGCCCGUGCCCUACAGGCGCUUUGAUUUCCGUCCAAAGACUGAUCCUUACUGCCAAGCUCGUUACACCUUCUGUCCCACUGGCUCUGCCAUUCCKGCUAUGAAAGACGACGAUGUCAUUGAAGUGUAUCGGUUACAGGCUCCAGUGUGGGAAUUCAAGUAUGGGAGCCUACUAGGACAUUUGAAAAUUAUGCAUGAUGCUGUGGGUUUCAAGAGCUCUCUAACAGGCAAAAACUACACAAUGGAGUGGUAUGAGCUCUUCCAACUUGGGAACUGCACAUUCCCACAUCUGCGGCCUGGCAUGGAUGCACCUUUCUGGUGUAAUCAGGGAGCUGCCUGCUUCUAUGAAGGAAUAGAUGAUGCACACUGGAAGGAAAAUGGAACUUUAGUUCUUGUGACCACAAUAUCAGGAACCAUGUUUAAUGAAAUGGCACAGUGGGUAAAAUAUGACAAUGAGACUGGCAUUUACUAUGAGACCUGGACAGUUCAAGCAAGUCCUGGUAAAAAUUCAACAGUAUGGUUUGACUCUUAUGAGUGCUCCAAGUUCAUACUGAGAACCUACCAGAAGCUAGCUGACUUAGGAGCUGUAUUUAAGAAGAUACAAACAAACUAUACAAGCAUAAUUUUAUACAGUGGAGAACCUAUUUAUUUGGGGAAUGAAACAUCUAUUUUUGGACCACAAGGAAACAAGACAUUGGCAGCAGCUAUAAGAAACUUUUACAAUCCAUUUAAACCUCAUCAGACAGUCAGAGAGUUUUUUGUGGAUCUUUUCAAAAUAAUUGAUCGCGUAAUCUUGAAUCAUCAGUUUUACCUCUUCUACAACUUGGAAUACUGGUUUUUACCUAUGAAGUUCCCUUACCUCAAAAUAAUUUAUGAAGAGGUUCCUUUGCCUGUUGGAAGCAAAGCAUCCUUUGGUGUGUGACUGCCURCUGAAGAACAAAACUUGCCUUUAUGGCAAAAUAUUCUUAUGGAUUUUGGGGCGCUACCAUGAUGGUGUUAGCAGGUUGAUGUUUCACUACUGACUGUAAAAAGUGUGUUGGGAAGGCUUUGCUAAACCACGCGAAAGACUGUGCUUUUAUUUUCUUACUACCUGUAUAACACAUUCAUGAACGCUUCAGCAUCUGUGACCUGGCCCCUCUUCAGUGUAACCAUGGCCCCUGCUGCCAGAAGGGACACUGCACUGGCUCCUCUGGCUGAGCUCUGCAGUGCCACAUGGGGAGUGGGGAGGCAGCUGCCUGCUCUGGUCUCAGGUGCUCUCCACAUCUCUGGCCACGUGGCAGCAGACAGCAGCUGGCCACCAACAGACAUGGGACACAAGCAUUACAAGGACUAACUUGGCCUGAGCAUCUUGAUAUGUCCAUUUCCUUCAACAUGUGCCUUACACUGGUGUUCUGUAGCUCUUUGGUGGGUACAGYUUGGAUCUCUGAACUGUUCCCAGGUGUUCAGCAGGGUGGGAAGGGGCAGUGAAUGUAACCAGAAGAUGGCAUGGCUGGUGCCUUUUCACCACUUUGCUUCCUUCAACUGCACUGUAAACAUAAUACAGAUGGCUCUUCCUCAGAUUCAUGUGUGUUCUAUAGCACAGAUAAAAGCCAAGCUGCCUGUUUUGAUGUUGA